AGUGGGCCACCAGGUCCCCCGGGCUCAGGGAUGCCGCCUGGAGGCCGUGGCCGUGGCCGAGGCCAGGGUAAUUGGGGGCCUCCUGGAGGAGAGAUGACCUUCUCAAUCCCCACUCACAAAUGUGGGCUGGUUAUUGGCAGAGGAGGAGAAAACGUCAAAGCCAUCAACCAGCAAACGGGCGCCUUUGUAGAAAUAUCCCGGCAGCUGCCGCCCAACGGAGACCCCAACUUCAAGCUGUUCAUCAUCCGGGGCUCGCCUCAGCAAAUCGACCACGCCAAGCAACUCAUCGAGGAGAAAAUUGAGGGUCCGCUCUGCCCCGUAGGACCGGGGCCUGGGCCUGGGGGCCCCCCGGGGCCAGCACCAAUGGGCCCCUUCAACCCCGGGCCUUUCAACCAAGGACCGCCUACAGCACCUCCCCA